UCCUCAGAAUGCUGAUCUACAUCAGCCAAGUCCAAAGUCACUUUCUAACAGGUAUCAUCAGGCAGAGAUGGCCCUUCAGAGAGAACUAGAUACUGCUAAAAAUAUUUUUACCAAGAAGCUCCUUGAUAGUAGGGAAAGCAGACAAGAAAUGCUCAGGAUGUUGAAGAAAGCUAUUCAUGAUCUCGAAAAUGGCCUAACAGAAGAUGAUGCUUCUUUUGAGAAUUUUCUCAUAACUAUAAAGGAAGCAGAUAGAGUCUUAAACAACUCUGUUCUCUGAACCCAGGCACUUGGCUCACAAGGUCAGUUAGAAGCUGCAGAAUCCCUGAUCUCGCGACUCCAAGAACAAGCUGAUUCAAUGAGAAAGGAAAUUGAGAAUUUUGAGCAGAUCAAGGUCUGAAGGGUGAGAGAUAUAAAACUCAACGAUAAAAUAAUCAAGAAACAGAUUAAGGAAAUUUGUUACAACAUAUUAGCCUAUCAUCCAGACACAUUUAAAGCACCGAAAAUGACUCAUGAGUUUUCAAUAUUGACUUCGAAUCAGGCUUCUUCUCUUGUUGGAGCAUCUAAAGGACCUAAAAGGUCAUUCUCUAAGCCAUGACGUGAAAGCGAGUCUAACCUUCAUAGAAUGAGUAAAAGCAUGUCAAAACCAUUUGACACUAAAUAGCAAGUUCAAGACUACGAUGCCAACAGUUAGAGAGUACUCAGAAGGAGAUACCUUAAGAAGAAGUAUGACUGUGAGCAGUCAGCGGAAACUAAAGUCUACCAAAAGAGACCACGAAAUCCUAAAACUUGCUCAGAAAAUACGUAUUAAUACGCUAAAUUUCUGUGGAAAACAAGCAGAAGGGAUUGCUUUUACCGAUAAAAUCAAGAAAAUAUCUAAAAUGAUGGACUACCUCGCAGUUGAUAGAGCAGAGAAAUGCCGUAAGCAAAAGAGACGUAAAAGAGCUUCCAGAUCCGUGGCGAAAUAAGUUUAUAAA